CCCCAAUGUAGCUUAUUUCUAGCUUCCAGAUAACUUCUUUGAGCGUGUUUCGGCUUGUCUGUUUCCGAGGAAUAUUCAUUAUCGUUAUAUUCUUCCUAGACAUCUAUCAGGGUGACGCGAGGUUGAAGCCACUUUCAUAAGCUGCAUGUCUUCACAUCAAUCUCUAUUGGACAAUUAUUUCACAAUAACUGAAAAACUAGUUUGGCGUUGAGCAGUAGUUCUGUACAAGUUAUAUACAAGCAGCACAGUCUAAAUAGUUCAUAGUUGUAACGUUCCGCUUUUUGUACUGAACAAUUUACCUACUAUACAGUAUUCAAUCUGAAAUAUUUGUAAAUUUAAAUACAACAUUAUUAUCACUUCUCAAAUAUAUAAAUAUAUAUAUAUCAGAUUGAUUUGUGAAAAUUGUUAGAUCACGUACUCUGGAUACAAUUACAAAGGAAGUCGACUCAUCGAAGUUUUUCGACCAUAUAAAUGUAUUUGGAGGGCUAAAAAAAAAACAGGUUCCGGAAUUUAAUAGAACUUUUUCUACUACUGUAGAACUUUAUUGACUUGCCAACUCUAAUUGUCAGGCUGUGAGUUCCGGAAGCUAUUCCAGACAUUUCGGCAAGAAGCCAUCAAGAUAAGGAUAUAAAAAAAAAAAAGCUAAGAAAAACCCUGAAGAAAGUGUCCCUACAAACUUCCGGUAGCAGCCCUUGACUGCAAUUUCUCUCCAAAUAAAGUGCCAGAAAUUGUGUGUAGCCUUUCCCGCCCACUGCUGCAGUCGCAGACGAUAAAUCGCCUGAAACAAUGUCGGGACACGUGACCACACUUGCCUUGUUGAUGCUCUUCGUGGCAGCAGGGGAGACAAGUGAGUAUCUGAAGUCCUUCCAGAAUCUCUUUGCUCGGAUGCCUCAGCUUCAGAUGACCGCCAUGCCGUCUUUGGUAGUCGUCAAUUUCAGCAGCAUCGAAGAGUGCUCCAGGGACUGUGUCCAGCAGACCAGCUUCGACUGCCGGUCGUUCGACGUGGACAACCAAAGGCGCGUCUGCCUUCUCUACAACUCGACUCAUGAGGACGGCAAGGCCUUUCUGAGAGAGUCCAGCACCACUGACCACUACAGAACGGCCUUUGAAAAACUCUUCAAUCGUCUGCCAAAUCACGUGAUCACAACCAAGCACAAGAAAAAAAUCCAAGACGUCAGUGCUGAGCAGUGCGCACGCAGGUGCAUCUUCGAGCAGGACUUCCGGUGCGCGGGCUUCGACUACGAGCCCGGGUACACCAACUGCUGGCUGACUGACUUGACUGUCGCCCAGAGCGAGGGAGUCAAGUUCCACCCUGGGGCUGAUUUUUACGAACGGGAUUUUGGUGGCGCCCUCUCUAAUUUCAUCAGCUUUGGUUCCGGAUCCCUGCCUUACGUAGAGGAACACGUCAUGUACAGCAAGUCCAUGUUCGGCCUUGACCUUGGCGCCUGCGCCCAGCUGUGCCUUACCCAGACCACCUUCGACUGCGCCAGCUUCGACUACUCCUUCGGAGAUCGCUCCUGCCAGAUGAGCCGAUACAUCGCCUCCAACGUGGGCGGCAUCGAUACGGAUAACAUGCCGACCUACCGAGUGAUGCACUACGAGAAGAAAGGUGUCAGCUUGGACAGGUUCAUUGCCACACCGUACAGCAUCGUGCCCGGUGAGAACGACAAGACCCUGGAGCGGGUUUCCCCUGAGAGAUGUGCUCAGGCCUGCCUGGAAGAGAUGACCUUCGUCUGCCGGUCAUUUGAUUAUGAGAUCAAGGAGAGUACGUGUAUGCUUAGCAAGAAAACCGGAAGUGACAUCGGCAAACUGUUUCACCAGGGCCUGUCUCAAGUCCACCAUUUUGAAUUGAAGCCUUCCUUAGACUGCGGCGGGGAGAUGACCACGUCCCAUGGUGAUUUCGCCAGCCCAGGUUGGCCAAGAAACUACAGCCACCACCUGAACUGUACCUGGACCAUCAGAGUACCAGAGCACAAAGUCAUCAUGUUCACAUUCAUCCACUUUGAUCUGGGCAAGAAGCAACCCAAUCCAUGCGGUCAAGUGAGCGACCGCUUGCGCAUCUCGGAAGUGACGCCCCAGGGCGAGUUCCGGUUCUGCGCCAGUCCUCCCAUGACAACGUACAUCAGCAAGACGAACGUGGCCACCUUCAACUUCGUUACCAACGGCAACGCGGACGCCCAGGGAUUCAAAGUGGUCUUCAAGGGAGACUGGCCGUGUCGCGCUGUGUUGAGAUCAGAUCGUGGAGAGAUUGCCUCCCCGCAGUGGCCGGAGCAAUACCCACUUGGACUCAACUGCGUCUGGACAAUACAGGCUCCUGUAGGUGCGAAAAUCACUUUGAAGUUUACAACCAUUGACCUGGACAGUCAAUCUUAUGGUGGUUGCACUGACCAGCACGAUUACAUAGAUGUGUACGAUGGACCCUCAGCUAUCAACAGAGUAGCCAGGUACUGCGCACACGAGACUCCCGCACCAAUACUCUCCACUGGCAACGCUCUUCUGGUCACCUUCAAAACCGACGGCUACGUCCAGCGCACUGGCUUCCACUCCAGCUACGACUUCAUCCUGCCGCCAGCCGUGGACCCCACCACCACCACGACCACCACGACCCGCCAGCCACGCUACGACAUGGACGAAGCCGAGGACGACGAUCAAUCGGAACGACUCAGCGCCAAGUUCAUCGAGCCGAAGUCGGAUCGGGAAAGCUCGGAAAUGAACGUGACAUUCUUGGCUGACUCCAUCUUUAAUUUCGGUAUCGAAGGAGGCGGUUACAUCCAGCCCAAACAGCAAGUGGAGAGUGACGACAGCAACUUCUCCACCGAUGCCUAUAUCACGAUACUAUGGAUUGUACUGGUAUCGUUGCUCGUGAUUACUAUCGUACUUACUCUGGUCCUGGUGGUCGUCUGCAAAUACAACAGAAGCCGCACAGAGAAGAGGAAGGCAAUAGAGAAGUACACAUACAACAAAGAAGAGAGCUUAUCACUCUACGAAAAAGAAAGCACAUCACCUAAAGUUUAUGAAGAUGACUUUGACUCUAUCAGGGCGUUUCCAACAGAGACGGAUAUAUCAUUUUCUAACCCACUCUAUCGAGGCUGCCACACGGCGCCCCCAAGACGCAGUGAGAUUACCUUAAUCUCCGCCUGCGACGCCCUCUCGGACAGUGGGUGCAGCAGUAGUAACAACAGCACUGGUCAAGGCAGCACAGCACUGCUAACCAGUCCAUGUUAAGGUCAAGUAAUGGCCUAAAGACUAGACCAAGACUGUUUUGUAAAGACAACUAACGCUACAGCUGAUGUGUAUAAAGUAAAUACAUUUUCUUAACACUGUUGAUCAAGCUCGAUUAACGCCUGACUCAUUUCAAUGGAUCUAAAAAUGUUCAACAAAUACCUGGCCCAAGCAGUGGAUCUAAAUAUGUUCAAUAACUGGGUGGCCUAAACAAUGGAUCUAAAAAUGCUGAACAAUAGCCUAGCCUUAGCAGUGAAUAUAAAUAAGUUCAUCAAAUGCCUGGCCUAAUCAGUGGAUCUCAAAAUGUUCAACAAACGCCUGGCCCAAGCAGUCGAUCUAACUAUGUUCAAUAACUGAGUGGCCUAAGCUGUGAAUAUGAAUAUGUUCAUUGAAUGCCUGGCCAAAAAGCAGAGCAUCUAAAAGUGUUUAGCCAAUGCAUGGUGUAAGCAAUGGAUCUAACUAUAUUCAAUAAAUGCCUGCCCCAAUCAGUGAAUCUAAACAUGUUCGGAAAAUGCCCGGCUCACAUCGUUGAAGCCAAAAUGGAUUGCACACCGUAGAAUUGAUUAUAUUGGAAUGUUCAUUUACCACAAGAUAGGCUUUGCCUCUGUGGUUCAUUCUUGUAUUUUCCUGAAGCAGAAACACCAAUUUACUGACUCAUAGUCUCUUAAUUCCGAAAAUAGGAUGACAAACUCGAUUUUUCUUGCCAAGAAGCAGGAGGAACAUGCAAAAGGUGAUUCAAUUUAAAUAUUAGUGUGAUUAUAUUGCAGUAAUUAAUAUUUUUUUAAAAGUCAUUGUCGAUUUAAAUAUAAAAUGUGGCUAGUGAGUUUUCUAAAGAAGAAAAGAGAAUGGAUCCCACGUUACAAACAUAGUUAUUAGUGAAGAUCAAUUAAGAUGUUACACGUGAUGAGAAAAUAACUGCACACAACCAUUCCCCAUUGUGUAUGCCGCUUCCAGUAGCUCUAUGUCAAGCAAAAGGGAUUCUUGUAUGCGAAAGUCAGAAAAUUUCAAAAGUAUCCGCACAUAAAGAAGGAAGAAAGGGUUAAACGGAAUUCUAAACUUGUUAUGAUAGAUUCUAAGUGCUAGAUCCUAGGUGUUAGGUGCUAGUUGCUGCUAUGUGUAUUGAGAGCCAGACAAACUAAACGACUUACUGUGAAAACAACUACUAUACCUUUUACUACAUGAAGUAGUCGGAUCAAAGUUCAUAUGCAGCAAUGGCUGACACUCACCAAUCAGCAGACGAAGAGCAGGGGGCAUGUCCAAAAUGUUUGACUUUUACCUGAUUGACUAGUUUACAUGGAGUUGUACAUAGGAAGGCGUUCUUAAAAGGGGGGAUGUCAACUCUAAGAGGUAUACAGAUACCCUCUAGAGACACACAGAUACCCUCUAGAGACAUACAGAUACCCUCUAGAGACACACAGAUACCCUCU